CGUCCUUUAAAUGUAUGGCGGCGCAGUUUAUGUGGAUUAUGCGUCAACGUUCCUGUGCUUGUUCUGGAAAUGUUUGUUUCAUGCGAUUAUAAGUAGAUAAUAAACUAGUUCUUUUGGAUUAGUGAUAUUUAUUUGUAAAGAAGUAGCAAUAGAAUUAAUUGCUAUUACUGUUCUACGGAGCUAACCAGCUAGCUUAGUGAUGUGCAUCCAGGCCUAAUUGUGAGCUUGGCAUGUUUUAGGAAACAACCUUGUGUUAGUGUUUAGUUUCUUGUGUUAGAUAUUAGUGUUUAGUUUCUUGUGCAUGCUGUAACAGUUUCUCUUUAGUCCGUUAAUCUGCUUCGAAAUGAUACAGUAAGGUUCUGCAAACAUGAUAAAUGACCUGAGCAUUGGCUGAUGAUGAUGUGGACCUGCUAAUUUAGAAAUUGAUCUCUGAAGGCUUUACUCUGAAGGUCCACCUUACUCUAAGCUGAAGUUUUAAACAGCAAGAAGAGCAGCAAACAUGACUGGCAUCCAAUCCAGAGAUGAGUCACUUGGAGACAGUUCUGAUGAUGAACCUCUGAGUAAGUUAGUGAAACCUGGCAAGAAGUGUUCAGAAGACACACUGUCGGAUAUUAUGGAAGAUGCUUCACUGAAGAAAACCCUCAAAGAGCCAACCUCUGCUACGGAUGAUUGUUUUGGACACAACUCUGAUGAUGAGCCUUUGAGCAAAUUGAUCAAAUCGAGGGGGGGCAAGCGCUCAAGUAAAGACCAAGAAACUGGGGAGCUGUUGGAUUCUGAAGAUGAUCAGCCGCUGACGAUGAUCAUCAAGAAGAAGAAGAAGAAGAAGCAGAAGGCUGACAUAGAAGAGCUUGAAGAUGCCAAGAAGACCAGAAGCCCAAAAAAGCGUAAAGCUGUGACGAAGGCCUCGAAGCUCAGAGAGUCAUCACCAUCGCCAUCGCCGUCACCAGUGAAGGUCCCACAGAGAAGAGGACGAAAAGGUAGAGAUCGUAAGGACGACUCCAAGAAGAAAGCAUCGGCACAUUCACCUGCUGUGAACAUGACGCCUAAAAGGAGCGGUCGUGCAAAGAAAGAAGGAAAAGCUCUAUGUAGUGACAGCUCGGAUGACGAGCUCCUGAGGAAGAAGAGCGAGCUGGAGAUGAAGCAGGCGGUGGUGCUGGUAGAGAGGAUGUCCGAACGAGACGUUCUGGACGCAGUGGCACGGGGACGCGCACACAGCCAGGAGCAGAGAAGUACAGCCAGAGCAGAGAGUGCAGCGGAGAGCUCAGACGAGGAGCCUCUGAGUCAUAAGAUGAAGAAACUGAAGGAGCAGAGCAAGGCUGCGAGAGGCAGAAGACCAGCGGCAGAUGCCAGUUCAGACGACGAGCCUUUGGUGCGGAAAGUGAAAACGGCGAAGGUGAAGGAUAAGUUUCGAAAGCGAGCCAACGGAGAAGAGGACACAGUCAAGCAAGAUAAAGAGCUGAGCGAAGAGGACGAGCAUCCACAUUGAGAGCCUGGCAGCAACCAUGCAACACAACGCAUCUCGCACACGAGUUUCACAGAAAUGAGGAGAGGACUCACUCGUUUCACUGUUCUGUGACCAGUAGUUCUGUACUUCAUUCCUUAAUUUAUUUAGAGCAACAACCUCGCAGUUUCAUGCUGACUUUAAUUUUGAAGUCCUCAACCCUGAAAUGUGAAUCCCUUUCACACCAAGACGUUGAAAAGCUUGAAGUAGUUUCUUUUAUAUUGUUUUAGCAUUUUAUAUUUUGUAUAGUCGUAACCAGGCUUCGGCCUUUUACAUCGUGUAUGCUGAUGUUUUGAUUUGUAUUUUAAAAAAAGUCACAAAAUGUACUUUAAUUUAUAUAGUCUCUAGGAUUGAACAUAGCGUGAAAUGUUCUGAUGAUAAUAUUGACAUGUACAAAAGUAUGAAACAGUCGCGUGAGAGAAACAUGGACCACCAUGUACAGUAGGAUUUAUUUAUUAUUAUUUUUUUUUGGGAUGACCGUCGUCUUAGUUUCUUGUGAUUUAAUGUGAUUUUACCAGAUCGGCUUGUUGGAAUUCAAAUGGAAAAAGUCAGUACAAUCAAAAUGGCUUUAAAGAAUAUUAAAUCUGUGACUUUGUAAUGAACAA